AUGAAUCGUUUGUUAUUUUUUCGUACAAGUUCAUCGUUAAUUCGUUAUUGUGUUCGUUCAACGUCGUCAACAUCAAAUUUUGGUUUAACAAAUCGAGAGCGAAAACGUUUCUAUAAGAAAGUUUCGACUGUUGAAUCAUCACAAUCACCAACAAAAUAUGAAAUUUUACUUGAUCAACGUAAACUCAAAACUCCAUCGGGAAAUUUAGUUACCAUUGAAAAUGAAUUUCUCGCCUUAUCACUCGCACAUGAAUGGAAUCAACAAUUGAAAAAAAUCGAUCUAGCAUCAAUGCAUUUAAAUUCCUUGAUAAAUACCAUCAUUGAUAAUCCAUUAAAAUUAAAUAAAGAACAAAUUAUAGCAAAAGUCAUGCAUUAUCUUGACUGGGAUACAUUACUUUAUCGUUCGGACGCUCCAGAAGAAUUCCAUCAAUUACAAAUAACAUCUUGGGAUCCAAUUUUAAAAGUUGUCAAUGAACAUUUGAAUACAAAGUUUCAAUCAACAUACGAUCUUCAUGUAAAAGAUCUUAUUAGAGAAACUGACAGACAAAUAAUUGAAAAAUAUUUAUCAAGCUUUGAUCGAUCAUCAUUAAUGAUAUUUUUAUUUAUUGCUGAACAAUUAAAAUCAAUUUUAUUAAGUAUCUGUUUAAUAAAACAAUUUCGUUCAGUAGAAGAUAUUUCUGUAUUAUCGAGACUCGAAACCGAAUUCCAAAUAUCACGUUGGACUAAUGUUGAAUAUUAUCAUGAUUAUGAUAUAUUGGAUACACGCUCAAAAAUUGCAGCUGCCUAUCUUAUUUUUUAUUGCUUAAACAAUAAUAUAACAAGAGCCAUUAUGCCAAAAGACAAUUAUUAUUAUAAAAGUGUUGGAAUCAUUCAUUGUGUUCAUGCAAAUUUAAUAAUGUUACAUGUAUCAUCAAUGAUAGCUUAUGGGUUUUUAUCAUUUAUAUUGGCAUUUUUUAAUAAAGCACUUUUUGAAAUAGCCAAAUUUCGUAAUAAUUUAUUUGUGAUCUCCACUCAACUGAGUUUUAUACUUAUAUCAUUCCAUGUUUUGGUUUAUUUUCGUCGGAUAACCGUACCCGUUAUGACAAAAAAUGAAUUAAAUACAUUAAUCAUUCCAUCGGUUUUCUUUUGUUUAAGCACAGUAUUAUCUUUGCAAGCACUGAUGCAACUUAAUGUAGCUGUUUACGUGAUAAUAAAACGUUGUACACCAGCAUUGACAUUUCUUUUAUCUGCUAUCGUAUUAAAAGAGCAGAAGCUUAAUUUAAAAACAGGUUUUUGUGUACUGACAAUUACUCUUGGUGCUGCAAUUACAUCUACUGGUGAUGUUGCUUAUCAUUUCCAAUCCUAUGCCAUCGGAAGUUUUAGUGUGAUAUUUCAUUCGCUUUAUCUCCUUACAGUUCAACGAUGCAGUGAACAACGAACAUCUAACGACGUCCUUUAUAUCAAUAGUCUAUUAUCGUUACCAAUGAUAGUAGCUUUUAUGAUAACAAGUUCUCAUGAAUUGUCAAAUGUAAAAUCCUAUGAUGGAUAUAGUACAGCUAAGUUUUGGCUUUAUUUUUUAUUAUCGAUUAUCGGUGGUGGUCUUCUAAAUGCAACCACAUUUUGGUGUACAAUUAAAAAUUCAGCAUUGACAACAACGGUAGUCGGUGUUUUGAAAAGUAUUCUUCAAAUAUUCGUUGGCAUGUUUGCAUUUGAUCAACUAUCGAUUAAUUAUAAGACUACACUUGGUAUUGCAUUAUCAUUGGUUGGUGGUACGAUGUUCAGUUAUUUGGAAUAUACAAAUAAACAAUCGAAAUGCGGAUCCAAUACAAGUGACAAUGACUCGGAACAAACAAUAUAUAAAUCUUGUUCACGUGAAAAUAGUCGACUAGUUCGAGAUUAUUUUAUACAAGCUCUUAGUUCAAUCUAUGAAAAAAAUCAUUUAUCUAUUCCAGCUGAAUGUAUUUUUUCAUCCAAACGUGAUAUUUUCCAUCAUCAAGAAUUACACAAAGUCAAAGUAAAACCAAAUGAAUGGCAAUGUAAAUAUUGUAAUAAAACGUUCUAUUCGGAAUAUUAUCUUGAUAUGCAUCUAUCUAAUCGACACAAUGAUACUCUCAUUCAACACGAGCAAUCCGCAUGCUUAGCGGAUUAUUGUUCAAUAUUUCGCUGUGAUGCUUUAAAAAGAUCGAAAACAUUGUUUCAAUCUUUCGAUCCAUUUGCACGAAAUUCUGAAGAUACAAGAAGAAAAUCAAAAAAAGUUCCCAAUGAACAACAACUUACCAUAUUAAGAAGUCGAUGUGCUUCAAUUAUCAACGAAUGUAUUCCAAUUAACAUAAAAUAUGAUACUCGAGUAAAAGCACAACAUGAAAUGUACGCAGAAAUUUGUGCUUAUCUAACAACCAAUAGGUAUUUUGAGUUACCCAAUUACUAUAAAUCUUUUAUCAGCUUUACGUCAAUAUUUUGUUCGUUCAUCUUUCUAUUCAUGUGUUUUAUUGGAGUUGGAAUUGUGCGGCGAUCCGAUUGGAAAUUUAGCGAUAACGAUGAUGAUGAACCUGAGAAACCUCUAUCGGAAGAAACAAUAUCUACAGCAACUGCAUUACUAUCUAAGUCACCUAGAAAUAGUAUUAUUCAUUCACCAAAGAACUCAACAUCUACUGUUCGCCACCGAGUCCAUUUUGAAUCUCUAGACGAUUGUAAUCGUUUACAUAGUGAUCCUAUGUAG